AUGACGAGGGUCGGCCGCGAUUACAGAGACACUAUGCCGAAAGAUGCGGUGCCGGCUGUAUCGGCCGAUGUGAUGUUUGCUUCCAGUCGAUUCCCAAACUAUAAGGUUGGAGGCAACAAUCAGAUCAUUGAUGCGAAAGAUGACCCUAAAGUGAUGUCCAUGAAGGAAGCUGUGGCCCGGGAGACAGCUCAGCUGCUGGAUCAGCAGAAGCGACUCUCUGUUCGUGAUCUCGCCAAUAAAUUUGAGAAGGGCUUGGCUGCUGCUGCUAAAUUGUCUGAAGAGGCUAGAUUGAGGGAGGCAGCCUCACUGGAGAAACAUGUGCUUUUGAAGAAGCUGAGAGAUGCUUUAGAGGCCUUAAGAGGGCGUGUGGCGGGUAGAAACAAGGACGACGUGGAGGAUGCUAUUGCAAUGGUGGAAGCUCUAGCUGUUCAGCUAACUGAAAGGGAGGGAGAGUUGAUUCAAGAAAAGGCUGAAGUGAAGAAGUUGGCUAAUUUCCUGAAGCAGGCUUCCCAAGAUGCCAAGAGGCUUGUAGAUGAGGAAAGAGCUUUUGCUCGAGCAGAAAUUGACAGUGCGAGAGCUGCGGUCCAGAGGGUUGAACAAGCCCUUCAAGAACAUGAACGGACAUCUAAAACGCCAGGGAAACAGGACAUGGAACAAUUGAUGAAGGAGGUUCAAGAGGCUAGAAGGAUCAAAAUGUUGCAUCAGCCAAGCAAGGUCAUGGACAUGGAACACGAAUUACGAGCAUUGAGAACUCAGCUCGCUGAGAAGACCAAACGUGCUCUUCAGCUUCAAAAAGAGUUGGCAGUUACUAGGAGCGGGAAGCAGAAGGCGUCACAUCCAUAUGAAUUAGAGGGAACUGAAGCCUUAGGUUCAUACCUAAGGAUCAAUUGUUGCUCUAACAAUGAUCCGGAACUCACUAAUUGUUUAAUCCAGUGGUAUCGUGUACCAUCUGAAGGUGGAAAGAAAGAGCUGAUAUCAGGAGCUACAAAACCAAUUUAUGCACCAGAGCCGUAUGAUGUUGGACGGACGCUGCAAGCUGAAGUAACUCUCGGUGACCAGAGAAUCACUUUGACAAGCACUGGUCCAAUUGAUCCUGCUCCUGGCCUUGGAAGCUAUGUGGAGGCUCUUGUCCGGAAGCAUGAUGUCGAGUUCAAGGUGGUUGUUACCCAGUUGAAUGGCUCACAUCAACCUUCAGAAUCAAUCCACGUGUUCCACGUCGGAAAGAUGAGGAUUAAGCUCUGUAAAGGGUCUACUACAAUUGCUAAGGAAUACUACUCUGCUUCCAUGCAGCUUUGUGGAGUGAGAGGAGGCGGAAAUGCAGCAGCUCAGGCAGUGUUUUGGCAAGCAAACACAGAACUCUUGUUUGUACUAGCUUUUGAAUCAGAGAGAGACAGAAAUGCAGCGAUUAUGCUUGCUAGGCGCUUUGCUUUCGACUGCAAUGUAAGUUGGUUUCUUUCCUUUCAAGUCAGCAGCUCUCUUUUUAUAGCUCUCCUUACAUAA